AUGGCGUCAGACAGUGACGGGGCCGAUGUUUGGAGCCAGAGUGCUUCGGCUAAUGACUAUGUCUCUUCUCGGCCUCAGAUCCAAGUUCUCAAUGUUGAAACGCCUAAAGAAAGAUUCCCUAGUUCUGAAGACACCAGGCCUCCUGAUGUCGCAACGUGGAGGUGCAAUCUGACUGCACUGUCCCAAAGGCGCAACCUACUCUUCGUGGCAUCUGGAAGAAGAAUCCAUGUAUGGGUGCCAUCUGGGCCAUUCCAAAUGCUGGGCUCUCAACCGCAAAUGAUUAUCGAACCUGUGAUGAAGAUGCCUCGAGCAGAGGGCUAUAUUGAUCGUCACAACCCACAUACCAUCAAUGCAAUACUUGUCGAUGAUCUAGGACGUGAUGAAGUCCUCCUUUUAGUCACAGACUCCGGCAAUGUAUGUGGCUACCAUGUGGAGGCAAUCUACUUCUGCCUGGCCCGUUGCAAGGAAGAAGGGUUCAAAAUACCCUUUGACGGUACUCAGGUGAGCCCUUUCUUCACAGAGGAAGUAGGCAUGAGUGCAUGGGGUCUAGCAACUCAUAAGUUUGCUCGCUUGAUUGCUGUCAGCUCGAACACCGGCCAGAUUACAGUGUAUGCAUUUGCACUCGUAAAUCAGACUCUGGAUGAACAUGACAUGCAAGGUUGCACCCUGACAUCAGAUCAGACCUGGGUCUCCAUCAACAACAGAAAGCAGUUACGAGAGCUUCAGAGGCUCAUGCCCUACAAUCACCGGUCCCGUAAUCUACGGUUGACUUAUCGAGGUCAUUUCGACAAUAUUCCAUGUGUCUCAUUUGCUAAUUUUGAUCUUGAUGCCAACGGUAUCUGGAUGGUCAGCACAGACAUCAGUAACAGGGUUAUCGUAUGGCGUGUGUGGGACGACCUAUGGCCUUGUCGAGUGUACUUCCCUGGUCACUCCUCGAACAAUCCACCACAAAGAGGCUGGACAGUGCUACCUCUUGAUCCACGCACAUUUAAGCGCUACGACUCAAGAGAAGAAGCAUGUGGAACUAGGGCAAGAUUCGAGCUUGAUGGGUUACGGACAUUAUUAGAUGUCUCAAAGGCUAUUCAAGAGGUCAAGGAUGCGUCCCAACUUAUCAAUGAGGCGGAAGACCGAUACCAAAGCGAACCUCUCGACAACCACUGUAUCCCGGAUGAUAUAUUCUCUUCUGAAUGUCGCAUAGAUGAGGACCACAUUGUCUCACCGGCAGGCUUGGGACACGCGCCAUCUGUCUUCAACCAUGACCAAGUGGAUGAAUUUGGAGGCUGCCUCGCGCCUGCUGUAUCAGUUGAUACAGAGUUUGCGGUAUCUCCGUCAUCCUUACCUCCAAAGAUCGGGUCGAGGCCUCGAACGAAGCCCCUUUUGACCAGCCUUUUCGAAGAAGACAACCCACAUUCCCGCGUUGAGCCACGGUUAAUCUACAAGCCAACCCGGGAAGAUUUGACGGAUAGUUUUGACGACUUUCCCCUGACGCCUGUCCACCCACCUCUCCUGCAGAAAUUCCAGAGCUGGGACAUUAGUCGCCAUUGUGAUCGUUUCAACAUGGUCAAGUACAUUCCUGAGCUUGGAAUUGUUGUGGCUGCUUCUCAGAAAGGUCGCGUAGCCAUUAUAACCCUCACCUGGGCAAAGGAGAUCGGCUUUGCAUUCCGACUUGACUGGAUCGUCCCAUUCUCCACCCAAGAGCAGAACAACGAACGCCCCGAGAGCCCUCUUCUCGGCAUUGCUGUCGGUCCCAUGGCGGGUUCAGAGAUUCCGCAGGAUGUCCCUUGUAUUCCCCAAGGCGUCGACCCCGAUGACUGGCUCAAAUUUCACUACCGCAUUCUAACCCCCGAGGAAAACGACGACUUAUCCUCUGCCUCUCUGUCGAGAUCUUCUAGCCCCGCUCAUAACGAUGUCCCCUACUCUGUAUCCGCCACAUAUGCACAGUUCGACCCAACAUCGCAAUCCGCAAGCUAUGCAGAUUCGAAUGAAUCUGAAGGGCCAGACACACGAGGCAACUCCUCUCCUAUCCAAGACGAAAAUGUGAAAGAACGUAGGACGCUUCCUGAGAUCCACGCCGAGGCAUACCGUGCCUACCGCCCCCACGAAACUUGGCACGGCUCGCACCCGUCUCGCCAUUACCGUCUGCUCUUGAUGUUUCAUGAUCACACGGUCAUGAGCUAUGAGUUCUGGCAUGACUGGGAAAUCAAGGGUUCUGCCGAUGGGUAA